CAUUUCAAGAUGGACGCAGAAAGUUUUUCGCUCGUUAUUAAAAAAAAAAAUAAUUCAAAAUUAACACUAUGUUUACCAUUCUACUAUGUAUCUGCCUUGUAACAGCUAGUGCUGGAACAAAAUCUAGAGUGUAUGAUUUAAAAGAAGAUGUCAGCGGCUCAUGGUCUUUGUCUCAUUUUGCGGAAAUGGUUCGAGGGGCGAUACAGGUGCCCUUCCCAUGGGAAACAGUUGAAUCAACCCUUGAUAAAGACACUCAAGUUGAUAUUAGCCAUCUGGCUGAGGAGAUGAUAACACAUGAGUUACCAUUACUUAUACCUGCAUGUAUUGGGCUUGUAUUAGCUGUACUGGUUCCUAUCUUCACAUUGUUGUUUUGUUGUUGCCACUGCUGCUUCGGUUGCUGUGGAGGCAAGCUGACUGUACAGAAUGUCGGGAAACAUAAGUGGAACUUCAUGUUCAUCAACUCUUGCGUGAUUGUCAUCUUAGUAGGAUUUCUCAGUGCCAUGGCAUGUUGUAUGCCUUUAAGUGGAAACAGGCUGCUGACCAGUCCGAGGUUAAUGUUCCGUGUAAUCAGCGCCAGUCUUGAUGAUAUUGCAGAUUUCUUUGAUAACUUUGUCAAAGAUACAUCAGACCUCGCUUUGGAUGUCCUCGAUACAACUGUAGGUGAUAUCAAAAAGAAUCUUGAUGAUUUGCCUGACACAUUGUCAGACCCUGUCACUGAUGGAGCAAGGCCAAUAGUAGAUGAAAUAGAGAGCAAGAUAAAUAUCAUUUCAAGUGAGAUAGAUGCCCUUCGUGUAGCUGAGGCAGAGAUUAAAACAACAGUAAAUGCAAUGAUUAAGUACAGUAAUGACUUACAGUCUGGAAUAACUAACAUCAAUGGUCUGUAUGCAACAAUAAAGACAGAGUGUAAAGAUGAUGGUAAAACAUUCUGUGACUCCCUGCCUGAUAGUGCAGGACCUGAUGCUCUUGAUAUUAGUAUAGAUAACAGUAAGUUGACAGUGAUAGUGAAUGAGGUCUCAGCAGUUAUAACAGAAGCAAAUAAAGUGAAUUUAACUGAAUACAGCACUCUGUUAUUAGGUGUGCAGGCAUCAAAAAAUAUUUCUAGAGUCACUCAUCCAGCAGGACGAGAAGCUUCUAAAUCCUGA